UAAAAAUUAUUAAUCAUUGCUUAUAGGAAAAACUGGAGAAUCGGCUGCCUGAUAUUAUAUUUUUCAAUUACCUAAAAUAUAAGAAUUCAGCUCGAAGAGAACUCAGCAAAAGUGUUUCGUAGAAUAUUAAAUAUUUCGGGUGCAGUCGAAAGUUAAUCAAGUUACUAGCAAUGAAUCUUUCACGUCUCAUUUACAUUGAGUCUGGAGAAAGACGCCGUAAUCACCUUGAAUCUUUGGAGAACCUCUGGCAGAAGGAGUUAAAAUUUCUGGAGCAGCUCUUUGAUCAGAACAUUCCAUUUGCUCCCAAGGAUCUCAUGAAGUUUCACGACUACGUCUACGUCCACUGCUCGAGCUUUGUUCACAAUUCGAGUGUCCGUUCCCAGGAUCCCGGGAAACAUCUGUACGGUGGCCUAACCGUGUACCUUAACUCACGACUAAAAGAAAUAUCUAGGGGAAUGGAAAACAUUCUGGAUAAUGAAGACUUGGUAGUUGAGUACGUUGGACAUUGGAAGAAGUAUCGGAAAGCUUGCGAGGAAUUGGACCGAGGCUGUCGUUAUCUCAACUCAAACUGGGUGAAACGGGAGCGGUUUGAGGGCCACAAACAUAUCCAGGAGGUAUACCGCAUGGCCAUGAUCCGAUGGAAAGAGGAGGUGUUCAGUCCCAUUGACAGGGCCCUGGUCACCGCCAUUACCCUGAUCUUGAGGCACAAUCCCAAGGAACACACCAGAUUCCUGGUAUACCAGGUGCUUCAAUCGAUUGUAGAGCUGUAUGCCAAUGAUGAAAGGCAGGAAGUGCCAGUGCCUUCCAAACUCAACAACGUUUUCACUGAGGAGGUGGUGGGUUUCUACAAGUCGGAGACCCUGGCCGCAUUCCAAAGGAUCAUCCUAUCCAAUACCUACACCGAUUUUAAGCACUUUCUCAAGUACUCAAGCCUAGCCAUGCCAGAAAUCAAGGAAGGCGUUCAGUUUAAGGGAUUCGUGAAGAGGCACCUUGCUUCGCAGCUGGAGAAAGCUAUUGCGAAAUCAUUGGGUGGCAAAGAUUACGUUCAAGCCAUUUUGACAAUUCGACAUAGUCCCUUGGAGCGGGCAAUGCGGGAUCACAAAGAGCUGGUGGCCGCAAUCGAUGAGGUGUGCUCGCAUGCGAUAAACAAAAUGGAUCAGAAAAUUGAUCCUAUCAGGGUAUUGAUCAUAUACUCCAACGAACUGAUGACGAAGAAGUCCGAGGUUGAAAUUCUGGAAGAACUUAAAAAGAUCGUUGAAGUUGUGGAGUUCAUAAACGAAAAGGACAAGUUCAUUCAAAAAUAUUGCAGAGUUUUAAGAGCUCGACAAGUCCAAGAGACAUCAAUCUGGGACGGAAAUGAGUCGACAAUGAUUUCCCUGCUGACCAAACGGUUCGGAUACGGUGCAACUCAUACUUUAAGAACUCAGUUGAAGGAUUUAGAAGAGUCGAAGAUAAAAGUUGGUCUGUUUCAAAAUUACAUGGAUAAUAAGGGUGUCAAGCUGGGCUUUGAUUUUCGCCUCAAGUAUUUUCGCAACAGAGGUCUUGAUGAGAGUUUUAAUCUCAUUUUGCCCAAGGAACUACGCAUAGCUGUGGAGGAGUUUGAAUCGUUCCACACCGAGGAUAAGAAGAUUGUAUUUCACCACGAAUUAUCCACCGGCGAGAUAAUCUGUAAUUUGGGUCAGUCGACCAAAAUUCUUGAGGUGAGCACUUUGCAAAUGUCGAUUUUGCUGUUGUUCAACGAACAGGAAAGGUUCACGGAGCAAGAGUUGGCAGAGAGGUUGGGCACACCAAAGGAGAUCCUGCAACCGGUACUGGAAUUUUGGAAAAGGAUCAGCUUCCUGAUUCCUACCGGAACUUCUGUGGAAGUCAACAUGAAUUUCACAAACAGGAAGCGCCGUCUUAACUUUAACAAGGCUAUGGUUACUGUUAAAACUAGAAGGAUUGAUGAAAAAGAAGAUUCUGACUUAAAACUAAGGCGAAAAAACCAAAUGGAUGCUGCAAUAGUGCGCAUAAUGAAAAAGCACAAGGUGCUGGAACAUUCGCAACUAAUUGCAAAUGUAAUAGAAGAGCUGAGUAAUUUGUUUAUCCCAAAAGUAGCAUUUAUUAAAGAAAGCAUUGAUACUUUGAUCAAUAAGGAUAUUGUGAUGCGUUGUGGAUUUGGCACUUACAGAUACAUCAGCUGAAAACAUAUAGUCAAUUGUUAUUUUUAAAUAUUCUUUAAGCCAUUCAAAACGAAUUUUUAAGAUUAAAAAUUUAACAUGUCGACCAAAUUUAUUUUGUGUACGAAUGCAUACACAAUUAUAAUAAUAUCCAAAGUGUUUAUUACAAAAAUAUUUUAAGUGACGGGAAUUUUGCCAAAUUUUUACCAAUCAAUUUACGGCUGUUAUCAUUAAAGUAUGUUUUUCUCUUACUCAAUUCUUUAGCUAAAUUAUUUUAAUUACCUUGGCUUUAACUUUUAUAUUUAUUUAGUAUCUUAACGGUUGAACUUAUUUAAAACUCA